AUGACCAAGGCUACUGAAACUCUCCUUACCUUUUUCGCCGUAUCCGCAGUAUAUUUUGCUCUUUAUGCGGGUGUGAUCCCUACUAGUGACAAGAUUCACUCUGAAAUCUUGCCAUACCUCCCAUGGUGGGCAUUGGUUUCAUUUGGUGCUUAUGCGUUAGGUACUUUAGGUUGGGGUGUUUACACUUUCAAGGACAAGGAAGGUAAGUACAAGGAAUUAUUGGUCCAAAUUGACGAAGCCAAGGAUUUCUACAAGAAGAAGGGUGUUUCAUUGGAUUAA